ACUGAGUGUCGUCAAAACAAUCAAAUUUGGCGAAAUUCUCAGAAAAAAUCCUCAUAAAAGUCCAAAUUCGUUCAAAUGUGUCUCCUUUCCGACGAGGAGUGAAGGCCAAUCAUGGAAAAUAUCGAAGAAAUAACAAAAAUGCUCCCGAACGUCACUUUGAACGACGAUGAGUGCUCCAUCGGAAAUCUGCCGGAAGAAGUACUCAUCGAAAUUAUGGACAAAUUGGAUUGUUCUUCACGGAUAUCCGUGACCCGUACCUGCAAAAAUUGGCAAAAUAUCAUGCUCACAGACUCCCGAUUCGCCAAAUAUCAUCAACUUACGCUGGAUAGCGGUUGCGUGCUGGAAAUGGAUCUCGAGCCGGUGUCUCUCUUCAUGCACAGUCCUCGAAAAUUUGGAAUUCUCCGUUUGGGUGAUGUAAAAAUUGGACCAGAUCUCGAACCGUUCUGGCUUAAAUUGGCAGAGACUGUGCGACACCUUAUUGUAAAGGAAUUUUCGCCAUAUUCCAUUCGUUCUUACUACUUGGCGGAAAUUAUCGCAAAAUUCCAUCGAUUACGAGUGCUGGAAAUCGAAACAUAUCACGUGGAUCGUGAAAUAAUCCGCAUCGAGAAAAAACUGCCGCCUUACCUGCAUAAAUGGCCGUCCGUGGAGAUUCUCAAACUAGGCGAUGCCAAAUUCGAACCCGAAAAUUACGACUUUUUGGAUAUCAUGAUGCCACGGCUAAGUGACAUUUUCCUUGGAAAAUUCUAUUUUUCCGAUGAUUUUCUCAAGAAGUACUCCACAAAGAUACGAUCUCUCGACAGUGGCGACCAUUUUGGCACGUAUUUCCUCAAAAAACUCACAAACUUGACGCAUUUGGAAGUAGCGGUAGAUGCGCCAACCGAAGAUCUCAUUCAGUAUGUCACGAACCACGCAACUUUGCAAAGUCUCGCUGUUACAUCACAAGUUUUUCCCGCCGAACAAAUUCCGAAGCUACAUAAACUCACGCUGGACUUGGCGAUUGUCGUGAAUUCAUUUGCUCCGUUGCGUCUGUGUCCCGAAUUGCGCGAGUUGCACGUGAAAUUGUCAAAUUACGACUCAAAGUGCUUCUUUGGGCAUGAAAUUAUCGCGUGUCCAAAUCUCGAAACGUUGUCUUUGUGCAAUUUUUCCAGUGGCGAUUGCCAAAAGUGUCAACAGUACAUGUUUGAAAGUUUCCCAAAUCUUAAAAGUUUUGCAACGGAAUCGUGUUUUGUGUCGUCUGCUGAUGUCGUCGAACUUAUCUCGAAAUAUUCUACGCGUUUGGAACAUUUGACCAGCAAAUAUUUCGUCACGGAGAACUUUUGUCUCAACGAUUCGUUGCUCAAGUGGGCCAUGAUGCCGAAUUUGAAGACUUGCUGUUUGAAUCCCGUGGGAAUGGUAACUGAAGCUGGAAUCGAAAAAUUCUGUGAAAGCUGUCCGAUGCUGGAAGAUUUGCAAUUAUUUGGCACGACAAACUUCAAUGCGGCAAUGUUUGACAUUGUCGUUGGAAAACUCAAAAGACUGAGAUAUUUAAAUAUUGAGCAACGGAGACCUGUGCACGAGAUAACACCUCCUGGCAUAUCAUUCAAAAUUACCCGACCAAAUGGGCGUCCUGUUUAUUGUUAUAGAUUUUUCUGAACGGCGAAAAAACAAGCCGCAACCUGAUUAAUAAAUUAUUUAUUUAAUAUUUA